AUGAACAGGUGUGCGUCCGCAGCGGCAGCUUCGGUGGUCCCAUCGGAUUACGAACCCGUGCCCCCAACCUUGCGACUCCUCUUGGUUGAUGACGACGAAGACGAUGCACAGCUGGUCGCCGACCUCCUCGAGGACACGCGCGCGUUCGAGCUCGAGUGGUGUCAGACGAUUUCGGCGGCGCUCGCACGGCUUCGGACGUCGACCUUUGAUGCUUGCCUCCUCGACUAUCGCAUCGGCGCACAAACGGGACUGGAGCUCCUUGCCUCUCGAGGUGAGUUCCACGCCGACCUCCCGAUGAUCAUGCUCACCGGCGACGGGAGUCGCGAAAUUGACUUAGCUGCGAUGCGAGCGGGCGCGUCCGAUUUCUUGGCCAAGGAUCAGCUCACGACGCUCACGCUGGAUAAGUCGAUUCGUUAUGCGGUCGAACAGGAACGACGGAGGCAAGAGCUCAAACGCCUCACGCGCCGAGACGCCUUAACCGGUCUACACAAUCGUUUCAGUAUAAACGAGCGCCUCGAAGCGGCCACCGAGCGGGCCGUCCGCCUCGAUCAGCGCGUCGUCGUGGCGUUGCUGGACCUCGACGGAUUCAAGGCGGUUAACGAUCGAAACGGGCACGCGGCGGGCGAUGAGCUUCUUCAGGGCGUCGCCCAGCGCCUCAUUCGAGCGGUGCGUUCCCAGGAUCAUGUUGGACGACUCGGCGGCGACGAGUUCGUCGUUAUUCUCGAGGAUAUCGCCGACCUCGACGAACUCGCACCCAUCGCACGGCGUUUGGCCGCAAGCGUCGACGCGGCCUCGCUCGUCAGCGCAAGCGUCGGCAUUGCCGUCUUUCCGGAAGCUGUUUCGGACGCAGACGAAUUGCUCGCGGCGGCGGACGAGGCAAUGUACGAAGCCAAACGCAACGGUCGCGGAAGACUACAUUUCUUCGGUGACGAGGCGGCCAGCGAGAUGCCGCCCGAUGCGACAUUGUUCGGUACGGUUCUCGAGGAGGGAGAGGUCGUCCCGUUUCUUCAGCCGCAGUUCGACAUGAACACGUCUCGGCUGGUCGGCGUUGAAGCUUUCGCACGGUGGCAGCGCAAGCACGAGCGUAUCGGCGCUCCACAGGAGUUCGUGCCGGCGCUCGAACGGUCUGGCGACGUGAUCGAACUCGACCUUCACAUCCUGUCCACCGUCGUUGAUUGGCAAACGAAGUUUCGAGGAAUGACGCGCCGCGUGUCCGUGAAUUUCUCGGCGAUUUCACUCGCGAACACUGACUUCAUUGAACGUGCGAUUGGGUUGCUUCCCGAGAAUCCAUCGCUGCUCGAGGUCGAGGUGCCUUCUCUACCCGAAGCGCACCACGACCAAAUUCUUGAACAUCUUCUCGUGCUGCGCGAACACGACGUGCGGUUAUCGCUGGCCGCGUUUGGUGCUGGUCACGCCUGUCUGGGGCGACUGCGUGCGCUCCCCGUCCAGGCCGUAAAACUGGAUUCGGCGCUCUUCGCUGGUGUCGCCGACGCUCCGCGGGACGCCGCAUUUGUUCGAGGCAUCGUGCGAAUGGCGAAGGAGCUGGACGUCAAAGUUAUCGCCGAAGGUAUCGAGAAUGAAGCGCAGCAUGAGGCGCUUCGCAUCCUCGGCGUUGAUGUUGGACAGGGCUACUGGUUCGCGAGACCGAUGACACCAUCGGUAGCGUCGGCGUUUCUCGAGCCGCUCGUCACGGAGGUCAUCUAG